GCGGCAGCGCGUGAGCCGGGAGAGCGGCGCGCGGACUGUGUGAGGAAUAGGAGCUGGGAGAAUUCUGGACUGGGGAGACGCUGAGGAGGAACUGGGGGAACUGGGGGAACUGGGAGUUGAUACCUUCAGCCGCUUCAGCUUCAGGAGAACCCGGUCAGGAGGAAACACAUGGAAAUUCGCGCUCAGCCUGCGCGCGUGCCUCGCUUCUGCACCCGCGCACGUAUCGCUCUGAGGAUCAGAAACACUGGAUAUAAAGAUCAGACAGACUGCUGUGGAGCUUCUCCUGAACUCUGACUGUAUCAGAUCUGACUAAUCCGAUCAGACAGUGUUUAUGUGGAGUGGGGGCAGUGAGGGUAAAUCUGCUGUUGGUGGGAUGAUGUAGUACAGUGGUCUACAGCUCUGGCAGCUCCCUCUUCAGCCUCAUGGAUGAAGGUCCAGACCCCGCCCUCUCCCCGCCCCGCCCACCUCCUCACCGGCUCUGAGGUCAGCCUGCCUGGGGGGGUCAUGGCCCACCUGCACUAUAAGUACAGCCUGCUGAGCUCCGAGGCCGAGGAGUACCGCAAGAGACCGCUUCCACUGCAGUUGGACUACGCCCCGCUGGGCGUGUUUGCUGUUCUGGAGGUGGAGAGGGAGCUGCAGCACCCACGGGCGACGCCCCUGUCCUUCCUGCGACGCCCCAGACUCUACAGCUUCAUCUUCGGCCUCGCCGUCAUCUUCCUGAUCAUGGCCUCCUACGUGCUGAGCAGUGAGAGGAAGGGGCUGCUGCUGACCCCGUCCCCCUACCACGUCGACCCCUCCCUCAACCCCAGCACCCUCCCCUUCAACGUCUCCUCCAACAGAGACCAUGCCCACAUGACUGAGAUGCUCCACCAAAUCGUGUCCAGGGUGGACUUCAGUCCCAGGAAGCUCCCGGACCUGAGGACGCUGGUCCACAGCGAACCACAUAUGUUCUCCGUGAUUCCGCAGCACUUCCUGCCAGAUGUGAAGAACCCCUGCUGGUACGAGCAGCUGUCGGGGAACGUCAGCGCUAACCCGUACCGGAGGAACCUGUACUCGCUGUACUCCCGCCAGUCCAGAGCGGCGUUCCAGUACCUGCAGAACUCCUUCAGGAAGCACCUGCUGCUGCGGGACGGCCGGUUCUUCCGCAUCCGCUGCCUGCCUUACUUCUACAUCAUCGGCCAGCCCAAGUGCGGCACCACCGACCUGUACGACCGGCUCCGGCUGCACCCGGACGUCCGCGUCACCACGCUGAAGGAGCCGCACUGGUGGACACGCAAGAGAUUCGGUAUUAUCCGUCCGAGUGAUGGUCUCCACGCCCGUUAUCCGGUGGAGGACUACCUGGACCUUUUUGAUCUUCCAGCACAUCAGAUCCAGAACCGCCUGCUGGCCAACCGAUCCAGAGGAUCAAAUCAUGCCAACAUCAUCAUCGGUGAGGCCAGUGCAUCCACUAUGUGGGAUAACAACGCUUGGGCGUAUAUUUAUGAUAAUGCCACAGAGGCGGAGCCUCCUUUCCUGAUUCAGGACUUUAUCCAUGCCCUGCAGCCGCAGGCUCGCUUCAUCGCCAUCCUGAGAGACCCUGUGGAAAGGUUGUACUCGGACUAUCUGUACUUCGGCAUCGCCAACAAGUCUCUGGAGGAUUUCCACGAAAAGGUGUGGGAGUCAGUGCAGCUGUUCCACGGAUGCCUGCAGGAGUCCAGCAUGAGGGCCUGCGUCUACAACAGCAGCCUGAACAACGCCAUGCCUGUGCGGCUGCAGGUGGGGCUGUAUGUAGUGUAUGUUCUGGACUGGUUGUCGGUGUUUGGUCGGGAUCAGCUGUUGGUUCUGAGGCUGGAGGAUCACGCUGCAGACCGGAGACUGUCCAUGCACAGAGUCUUCCAGUUCCUGCAAUUAGGGCCUCUAUCGGAGCAGAAGGAGGCUGAGAUCUCGAGGCGUCCAGCGUCUAACACUCGGAGGUUGGCGGAUAAGAACCUGGGUCCGAUGCUUCCACUGACCCGAGAGCUGUUGUCAGGGUUCUACAGCCCGUUCAACAGGAAACUGGCCAACGUGCUGCGGGACGACGCCUUCCUCUGGAACACACACUCCAGAACCGGCCAAAGAAACAGAUAACAGGAAACUAAAAAAAAAACGACAACAGUGGUAUUUUUCACAGAACAUCAAAAACAAACAUAUCAAAUCAAAUCAAAUCAAAUUUAUUUGUAUAGCGCUUUUAACAACUGGUGUUGGCACAAAGCAGCUUUACAGAAACAUGAUUACAGGACAAAGAAUCAGGCAAAAACAUUAAACAUAGAAAAUACAGAAUACAGAACCCCCAGUGAAAAACUCACUCAGAGCUGCAGGAGGAGGAAGAAACCUUGGGAGGACCAAGACGCACAUUUAAGGGGGGACCAUCCUACCACUGGUCAAACGGCUUUUAAAUUAAUUUUAAUUAAUUAAUUUUAAAGUCUUUAUACAUCCACAUAGGUUUAAUAUAUUGAGGAAUAAUAAAACUCAAACGUUU